GAUUGCAGACGUUAUCUAACGAACUGUUUAAUGUGUCGUCUGAAACACAACACAAUAGGAAAGAAAACAAACGGACGUUUACUCUAAGACGAUAAAAAAAUGAUCCCCUUCUUUAAGAAAUGCAUAAUGCAGGAAAACGCAAAAGUUUUCCCCGCUACUGCCAAAGUUCUUGGGAAAUGCAAGACUUUAGCAGAUGACAGUUGAUUGUGGACAUCACAGAUAGUGAGUUUACCAUGAAGGGCUUGUUUGCCACAGACAGUUGGCAUGCAUCUGAUGGAAGGUUUGAGGGCAGCAUUGGCAGUCCUCCAUCGCUUGACCAAGGCUUUGUCUUGUUGAAAAAGUACAAAAGCAUCUAUCAGCCAGCAGAGGCUGAGGAAAAUGAGGAAGGUUCUGGGAGGUUCUUGCUGCUCAUUCACGAGUUUAUGGUGACCAGUUUUAUGAAGACCUUCAGAUGUAAACACUACUUGCCAUACAUAAUGACUGAUUUAGACGUAUCACAAAAAUCGGCUCAGUUGGUAGAACUCUGCAGAAAACAAUCAGAGAGCUCUUCAGAGACUUUGUCUGCCACACAACUCAUUAUAGAAAUGGGAAAGCCAAGUCUUGAAACAGAUUUCAAGCUGGGACCACAGCCAUGUUCUGUGAACAUAUCACUUCUUCAGCAUAAAGCAAAUGGGGAUUCACCUGAGUUUGUCCCAUCAACAGUCAUGCCACAUUUGGAGCAGGAUGAUAUCGAAGAGAAAUCAUCAUCAUGGUCAACAAGUCCUGUCAUGUGUACAUUGUCUUCAGUUGAUCAAACCUCAUUUGAUAGACAAUCAGAAAUCACAAACUUCUUAUACCCAACACCAUGUUAUCGAGGUUAUGGCAUUCAGGGCCAUCAAGGGUCUGCAAGUCUUUUAAAUCCUAGGCCACUCAAAAACAGACAAAAGAGGAUCAAAAUAAAGCACACAAAUGUAACUGAUAGGCUGCUGUUUUUGCCUCAUAUCCCCAUCAAACAUUUCAGUGUUCAUGGAUCUCAGUGUAAUAACAAAGCAAAGAAGUGUCAACAAGAUGUGUGUGAUCUUAAACCCGAAUGUGGUACUACUGUUCCGUCAGAAGAUAAAACCCAGAAAUCAACUACUAUGCAGGGGUCCCAUUGCCAGCAGGCAAGACACAAGCCAGACAGCAUCAAGCUUGGCAGAUCAGAAUGGGAAUGCACAGCACCAUUUCUCAGAACAAAAACAUUUGGAGUGGAAGGUACAGCAGCUGCUGAGUGUCACACUUCAUGCUGGUCGCUUGAUGAAUGGAAGGAUGACUACCAUGUGUCUUCUGCACAAGAGGAUUGUGUUGCAUCAUCUGGACACCAUCAUCUUUGUGAGGACAGCAGCUGUAGUCCCAUGCAGCUUUUUACAGAAAUUUCAACUCUAAAGACUUCUAGCAGGUCAUCCCAAGCACAAAAUUGUUCUUCAACAGAUACAGACAUGCCAGCACAGAAACAUAAAGAUUGGUCAAAGGACCAGAUCUCUGUGUGCAAGUCAGUAGAAGCUUGGCAUGACAGCAGUGUCACAAAUGCAAAGAUAAGUGAGAAGGAAGCAAUUGAUUCUGAAAUUUCAUUUGUUUGUUCCAGUGAAAUGGAUAUUUCUUAUAAUUUUCCUCAGGAAGAUUUGCUGGUAGACUGUCAUGCUGCGCGUAAUAAGGUCACGCAAGGUAUGGGAGAGUCCAAUGCCUCAAGUGAGAAUAAGCUAGUUUACACCGUUUUGAAGGAAUGUCAUUCUGAAGAUACUGCGUUAUCAUCUAGCAGCAAGGACCAUCCAUAUGAGAGCAGCAGGCAAGGACGUCACAAGGAAGAUGUAACUACUAGAUUUUCAGACAGUAGUGGGAUAACAGCAUCAUACACUGCUGACUUUCAUCAGAACCAAUUGUUCUGAAGAUGAAGGACAAGGCAAGUGUUGAUGUGGAUGGCAAUAAGCAGAAGGCAGCAGCUGAUUGCAUAGCCUCAGUACUGUACUGUCAAAGCAUCUUUGUGAACAAGAAAACCAAGAAGUUGGAAAGAGGCCUGAACCUUCCAGAAAUGUGGAGGUUGUGGUGUCCAGCACUGAUAUUUUGGAAACAGCAGCAGGGGCAAGCGAUCAACCAGAAGACAGUACUUGUGCAGAGCAGAUAACCACCAAUUCUUCACAGGCAUCUUCUGCGAGUCAUCCAGAUGUGUCAUUUACCUGUUCAUCCCCAGACUUGCAUGACAGCUAUAUAACAGCAAACAAUAGUCCAGCGGCACAGUCAUUCCCAAAGUCAUUGUCACCAGAGCAGUUGUCACAGGGCUUUUUGUGUGUUUCCUCCCAAGGAUUUGAACCAUGUGGGCUAUCCACUCAGAUGCUUCUAGACUGCAAGACAGAUGAGCAGAAUACAGGAGCUGCUGCUGUAAAUCUGCAUCAUGAACAAGCGAUGGUCAAUCAGAUGACCCCCAGAAAUGUUUCUGGACAAAGCAACAUGGCACUGUUUGUCACGGAGAACUCACAGCUGCAUCAGCGAUAUCACAAUUUUUGUCUGAGUAAAGAAUUACUUGGGACUGUGAUGACUAUUGUGACUGAGUCGUCAACUUUGACCUGAGACAUCUUGACAGAGCCAUUUUCAUGCACCCUGCGUUUGGUUGUGGGUGUAUGCUUUUGGGUUGCAUGCAGCUGCUUCCCUCUUAUGGAAACGUGCAUUUACACACACACACCUUUCUCAAGCAGGAGACAGUCAUAGACAGCAGCCAACUUCAGUUGCUAUAUUUUUUUAUAUGUUUUUGAUUUAGCUAAUUAUUUUUAUUUUUCCUGUUUCUGUCUGAACCUACCCUGGUAGACAGUAGAGACUGUUUUUUUCUUUGCUUUUUAAUUAUUAUUUUUUGUAAAGGGUACUUUGGCAAUAGCAUUGCUACCAGUUGGUAAAUGUUACAACUAUAAAAUUUAUUUUUGUUAUUCAGUUAUACUAAUUCUGCUUGGUGUAAAAAUCUUUUUUAGCAUUAGCGUGCUUAGGGGUGCAAUAGAGUCAAAUAGCUCUUCAAAACUGACUAACUUUGCAGAAAAUUUUGAUUUUUUUUUUCCCCCAGUAUGUCUACUUGCUCUGCAAGUAUUUCCACCCACUCCUCAUCCUCUGACUUGCUAUUAGUCUUUGAAUGUAUGCCAUAUGUUUCGGUGGUUGAUCAGCUGGAUGUGCAUGUGUGUUAUAGGUGUGUAGACACUUUGUAAAUGCCAGGAACUCUCCAUCAGGAGGGGCUAUGUGCAUGCUGAUUAUUAUUAUUAUUAAUAUUAUCAUCAGGUUCUAAAAUGAUGUUUGUAAUUGUUGUGUUGAAAAUGUGAUUAGCAACAAGAA